AUGCCAGGUGGAAAAAGUGCGGUGCUGACAGCUUUGAUUGUAGCCCUGGGAGGUAAAGCUCACACCACGAACAGAGGCUCCUCUCUCAAAGGCUUUGUGAAGGAAGGAGAGAGUUCUGCGGAUGUGUCCAUCACCCUGAAGAACAGGGGUCGUGAUGCGUAUAAGCCAGAGACGUUCGGGAAGUCCAUCAUCAUAGAUCUUCGUAUCUCCAGUGAGGGAAUACGGACAUAUAAACUAAGAAGUAAAACAGGUCAGUUAGUGUCGUCAAAAAAGGAGGAGCUGAUCUCCAUUUUGGAUCACUUUAACAUCCAGGUGGACAAUCCGGUCUCCAUCCUAACUCAGGAAAUGAGUAAACACUUCCUCCACUCCAAAGGAGAGGGCGACAAAUAUAAAUGCCUGUGAAGACCACAAGAAGGACCGGGUCAUUAAAUACCAGCUGUAUACAGAGCGCAUCAGUGUAAAUAUUACUAAACGUGCUAUAAUAUGUAAAUAUGGUCACCCCUUGCAGAAUCUGUGAAAAAUCGUAACAAAAGAAGAGAAAUUAUACAAAAUGCAUGUUGUUUUUUUUAUUUAGUACUGUCCUGAGUAGGAUAUUUCACAUAAAAGAUGUUUAAAUACAGUCCACAAGAAAAAAAAAAUAGUAAAAAUGAUUAAAAUGAUCCUUCUUAAAAGUUUGGGAACUGUUGGUUGUUAAUACAGUGUGUGUGUGUGUGUGUGUGUGUGUGUGUGUGUGUGUGUGUGUGUGUGUGUAUGUUAACCUGAAUGAU